CCGCACAGCUGUGCCACCGCACGGCCCCGGCACCGCACAGCCCCGGCACCGCACGGCCCCGGCACCGCACGGCCGUGCCCGCACCCUGCCGCUGCCCCAGCAGCCCGCCCGCCGCCGCCUCCGCUGGUCAGCCUCUGAGGAAAAAGCUCCCGCGGACCCGUCUCCCACCCUAGCAUGGGAUGGGCGAGCCCUGCCAGAGCGGUGCCUGCUCGCCAGCCCCUGGCAUAAAGGAAGGAGCGGACAGGGAGUCCUGGGACACGCCGCUGGGUUUCCUGGAGAGCGUUCAAAUGGACAACGGGAGCAACGUGUCCUUCCUGCAGUUCUUGAAGACCAUCAACCUGGAGCGAGCUGACGGCAUGCAGGGGGACAGUUCUGACGUGGUGCGGAUUGUCAUCUCCCUGGUGUACUCCGUGGUGUGUGCCCUGGGACUGGUGGGCAACCUGCUGGUGCUCUACCUGAUGAAAAGCAAGCAAGGCUGGAGGAAAUCCUCCAUCAAUCUCUUUGUCACCAGCCUGGCAGUGACUGACUUCCAGUUUGUGCUGACCUUGCCAUUCUGGGCAGUGGAGAACGCGCUGGACUUCAACUGGCUCUUUGGCAAGGCAAUGUGUAAGAUCGUCUCCUAUGUGACAGCAAUGAACAUGUAUGCCAGUGUGUUCUUUCUCACUGCCAUGAGUGUGGCUCGAUACCGCUCUGUGGCUUCAGCCUUGAAGAAUCAGCGUCGAGGAGACCCGCUGGUUGGCUGCUGCUCUGCCAAGUGGCUUUGUGCAUUCAUCUGGCUGUCAGCUGUCCUGGCUUCCCUGCCCCAUGCCAUUUUUUCCACCACUGCCACUGUCUUUGAUGAUGUUCUCUGUCUUGUCAAGUUCCCAGAGGGCCGAGGCAACAAUGCCCAAUUCUGGCUGGGUCUGUACCACAUCCAGAAAGUGCUGCUGGGCUUCCUGGUGCCGCUGGUUGUCAUUAGUCUCUGCUACUUGCUCCUGGUGCGCUUCAUCAGUGACAAGCACGUGGGCAGCACCUGCAGCGGCCCCAGCAUCAAGCGCCGCUCCAAAGUGACUAGGUCAGUGUCCAUCGUGGUGCUGUCUUUCUUCUUGUGCUGGCUGCCUAACCAAGCACUUACAACCUGGGGGAUACUCAUCAAACUCAACGUGGUGCACUUCAGUAAUGAGUACUUUCUCUCCCAAGUGUACCUCUUCCCCAUCAGCGUGUGCCUGGCACACUCCAACAGCUGCCUCAAUCCCAUCCUCUACUGCCUCAUGCGCAGGGAGUUCCGCAAGGCACUGAAGAGCCUCCUCUGGAGGAUCACCUCACCUUCCCUCACCACCAUGCGCCCUUUCACUGACACCACCAAGCCUGAGAAGGAGGAGCAGGCUCUGCAUGCCAUGAUGCCUGUCCACCCUGUCCCUGCUGCUCCCCGUGCUGCAGCCGUCCAGGCAGAGGUGGCCUAUUACCCGCCCGGGGUGGUGAUGUACAGCAGCCGCUACGACCUGCUGCCUGCCAGCUCCAUGGAGCAGCACUGCUGAGAUGGCAGCGGGCUCUGGGGCGUGGCACGGUGCCAGAUGUGGCCUGGGGAUAUUGAACGCCUGGUCAGGAAAAGGGGAGGAGGGAUGAGUAAAGGAGGACUUCUGUGUGAGAGAUGCUCUUUUGCGGCUUUGUCUGCCCUCGGAGACACUUGAUGGACGUUGUUGUCUGGAAGAUGCACCCUGAGCUGGAGAACAGGACUAGGAGGAGGUAGUGGUGGGGUGUCUCUAUGACAUGUCUUUUAGUGCUUCUACCUGUGCUGGGAAACAAGGACUAGUGAGGGUGAUGGGACUCCAUCCAGCAAGGAUGCAGGAUGUGCAAAGCAGCACAGGGAGGCAGGAAAGACUUCUCCAGCCUUGGGCAUUUGCUAAUGGGGAAGAUACUGGUUUGCAAGUUGUCUGAAGAGCAGCAGAAGUGAGCUGACAGCUGAUGGGCAUACUUACACAGAUGCAAAGACUCCGAAGAAAUCAGACAUAUCCACAGAAGAACUUGAGCAUCUAAGUACUGUACAUCUGCCUCUCUAACCUCCUAAAUCCUGACUUGGUUGACUGGUGAAGUCUGUAGGUAUUUAAGUUUUUUCUAGUAAAAUUUUUGUGCCUAGAAACCUGUUCCUGAGCAUGCCUAAAUCUGCUUAAUUCUGUAGCACUUAUUUCUGUGCUUAAUGGGGAUAUCUCUGUCGGGACUGGCCACAGUGUAUGCUGUGAGGGUGGCAAUUCUGCAACCCAGCACAGAAGGCCCUGUGCCAGGCCACGCUAAGUCAGAAGUGGCUGUGAACUCAACUCGUUCCCCCCAUCCCUUUGAAUCUGUGCCUGGAUGUGUUGCUCCUGUUCCAGCUUCAAUGUAUGUGCAGAUAUGCUCCUUUCCCCUCCCUUGUGAAAUGCUAAAUAGGUGGUCACAGCUGUCCCCCACAGCCUCAGAGAUUCAGUUCCCCUUUUCCACAUCCCAGGGGAAUGGCUGAAUCUCUGGGCCACUUUGUGAGUGUGCUCGUAUUCUCUGGCUUGAAACAGUUCCCUGUUGCCUGAGUUGCUCACUGUUGCUGGAUCCUAAUGGCAACGAAAGGCCUCGAACUCUGCUUGGCAGCACAGUGGUUAGGGUGUAAUCUGCAAAGAGGAAUUGUGGAGAGAUUUUUUUAUUUUUUUUUUUCAGCAAAUACAGAAAUUGGAUCCAGAUCUGGGUUCUAGGUCUCCCCUUCCCAAGGACAGUGGUCAACUUCCUCCCAGGUCCUGUUUCAAUUAAAGUUCCAGUAUGCUAUCCAGAAACCUGAGGUCUUUCUAGACCUGCUGAUAAAGCACCUUAAUGUGCUAAAGGAUUUGCAAAAUCUGCAUUUCUGAUCUGGGAGAAAACCCGUAAUGUCUGUGUUGCAGGUGAAGAAAGUUGCACAGUUGUAUGAGAAAAGGAUAUAAUGAACUCUUAAGUCCAGAGUUCAGAGAGAUAAUCAUGUUUCUGUAGACCAGGAGAAAGUAUCUAAAUUAAGGACAUGGGAGGAAUCUCACAGCCAGACGCUCUUCUUACUGUUUGCUUUUGAACAGCAUAAUUUCUUGCUUAACUUGCUGGAAAUUUUUUCCCUAUCUGAUGUUUAACUGUUUUUGUGCAUUAAAUAAACAGCUUUCCAAGUGUCUGAAGUGUAACUAUGAAUUUCAGUAGAUAGCAAGCUGCCUGAAAGACAGCCUCUGUGGUGCUCAGCAUGGCAAAACCCAUGUGCUUUUGUGGAUGUCCAUGUAGACAUAAUUCUGUGCCAGGAAAACAAUACAUUAAAUAAAACAGGUGGUGUUCAGAACAAACACAUAGUUAGCUCAGAGUGCCAAUGUGCCAUUGUCAGAGGAAACCCCAGGUGUCUGAUCAGUAGAGAUAUAAAACCUCCCAUCUGGCAAAUCACCCAAACAUGAAAAUACCAUGAGAGUAUGUAGGACUAGACAAUGAAAUUAGUGGGCAGCUCUCUCACAAGCCACUGAUCCACGCAGUGUAAGUCACAGAUCUGCUGUUUCAAAGAGGCACAACGCAUUCACACUUGGCCAAACGCUGAUUUAGGCCAGACCAGCAGCCCAGGCUGUGCAGGUCAGUGCAUGUCCAGCACAGCCAAAGAGCACUGCUCUAGCAGUGCAUGAGCUGGGAGAAAUUCUGCUUCACCUCAGCCGUGAGUCCCAGCUAACAGCAUGAAAUCUGUGCUGUGUGUUCCAUGGGCAGGGGCACCAGCCUGGGCCUUGGCAGAAGGUGCAGUUGCUCUGUUUGCACAGGGUGUGUGGCCUCAGCAGAGGAUCAUUCCAGCACAACAACAACAAAUCCUACCGAGUAUCCCGGGGUUUCAUAAGUAAUGACUACAACACCCUUCAGAAACUCUGUUUCCUACAAAUGUUCAUGUCUUUGUUUGUAACAAUCAUCUUUUCGUGUACUAAAAUAAACAUUGCUGAAGGAUACAAAACAGUACUUACUGAAUUCUUGACAAGAUUUUCAUGCUUGGUCUCCUUUGUUACAGAUUCCUGGUGGGGUGCUGGUGGAGAGGUGCACUUGGUUAUAGAAGGGUAGGGACCUGAAGGUGCAGGCUGACA